GGAAGUGGCGAGUGCGCAGGAACAGUGUCUCGCGCACGCGCUCUCCCCUCGCUUCCUGCCGGCAAGAGAGCGGGAGGCGGGGCAUCCGGGUCCCUUGGCGACUGCUUCAGCCCCGGGAGCUCAGCUGAUGCGGCCUCUGCCAGACUUGGAGGUGUGAAUUACAAACUUCAGUAAUGGAGUUAGCCCACAGUUUAUUGCUAAACGAAGAAGCUUUGGCUCAAAUCACUGAAGCAAAGAGACCAGUUUUUAUCUUUGAAUGGCUGCGAUUUCUUGAUAAAGUCUUGGUUGCUGCUAACAAGACUGAUGUAAAGGAAAAACAGAAAAAACUUGUUGAACAGUUAACUGGAUUGAUAAGUAGUUCACCUGGACCACCUACAAGGAAAUUAUUAGCUAAAAAUCUUGCAGCCCUUUAUAGCAUUGGGGAUACUUUUACAGUUUUUCAAACACUUGAUAAAUGUAAUGACAUUAUCAGAAAUAAAGAUGACACUGCAGCCUACUUACCAACAAAAUUGGCUGCAGUUGCUUGUGUUGGAGCAUUUUAUGAAAAAAUGGGGAGAAUGUUAGGUAGUGCAUUUCCAGAAACAGUAAAUAAUCUUCUGAAAUCUCUGAAAAGUGCAGAGUCUCAAGGGAGAAGUGAAAUCUUAAUGAGUCUACAGAAAGUUCUGAAUGGAUUAGGAGGUGCAGCAGCUUCCUCUCAUCGUGAUAUUUACAAGAAUGCCAGAUCCCUCUUAACAGACAGAUCGAUGGCUGUUAGAUGUGCGGUGGCCAAGUGUCUACUAGAACUACAGAAUGAAGCUGUCUUUAUGUGGACUGCUGAACUGGAAAAUAUAGCCACUCUCUGCUUUAAGGCUUUGGAAAAUUCAAAUUAUGGGGUACGAGUGGCAGUGUCUAAACUCUUAGGAACUGUCAUGGCUACAGCAUUGAUGCCAAAGCAGGCAACAGUAAUGCGUCAAAAUGUGAAACGAGCAACAUUUGAUGAAGUCUUAGAACUUAUGGCCACUGGAUUUCUCCGUGGAGGGUCAGGUUUCUUAAAGAGUGGUGGAGAAAUGUUAAAAGUUGGAGGAUCUGUUAAUCGUGAAGUAAGAGUUGGAGUUACACAGGCAUAUGUUGUUUUUGUAACUACUUUGGGUGGACAGUGGCUGGAGCGGAGCUUUGCUACAUUCUUGUCCCAUGUGCUUGAUCUGGUUUCUCAUCCUCGGGCAACACAAACACAUGUGGAGGCUGUGUAUUCAAGACGAUGUGUUUCCUUUAUCCUGAGAGCUACUGUGGGCAGCUUGCUAGGUGAAAAAGCCCAGAUAGCAGCUGCCAAAGAGAUCUGUCAAGCUAUUGGAAAACAAAUGAAAGCAGUAGAAGCAGUAGUGAAUGAUACUAGUAGUGAAAACAAAUCAGGUGCAGCAGACAUUGCAGCAAGUCAGCACGUGAUGGUCUGUGCCCUCCAGGAGCUUGGAAGCCUGGUACAGAGCCUGAAUGCCACUGCCUCUCCUCUUAUUCAGGAGGCAUCAAUAGGGCUCUUGGAGAUUGUGACUUCAGUUCUUCUUCAUCCAAGUAUGGCUGCUCGGCUUGCUGCUGCAUGGUGUUUGCGCUGUGUGGCUGUAGCCUUACCUUUCCAGUUGACACCAUUUCUAGAUCGGUGUGCAGAACGGCUCAACAACUUGAAGACUUCUCCAGAAGCUGUUAGUGGAUACAGCUUUGCAAUGGCUGCUUUGUUAGGUGGAGUCCAUCAGUGUCCUUUGGGCAUUCCUCAUGCCAAAGGAAAGAUGGUAGUUAGUAUUGCUGAAGAUCUGUUACGAACUGCUGCCCAAAAUAGCAGAUUGUCUUUACAGCGCACUCAAGCUGGCUGGCUUUUACUUGGAGCACUUAUGACUUUAGGACCAUCUGUUGUUCGUUACCAUCUGCCCAAGAUGUUGUUAUUAUGGAGAAAUGUUUUCCCUCGUUCUUUAAAGGAACUGGAGGCUGAGAAGGCCCGAGGCGAUUCUUUUACCUGGCAGGUAACUUUGGAAGGUCGUGCUGGAGCUUUAUGUGCUAUGAGGAGUUUUGUUGCACAUUGUCCUGAACUCCUAACUGAAGAUGUGAUUAGAAAAUUAAUGACCCCUAUUGAAUGUGCCAUGACUAUGAUGUCACACAUUCCAUCUGUCAUUAAAGCCCAUGGAGCUCAUCUGAAAGCUAGUGCUGCAAUGGUCCGUUUAAGACUUUAUGACAUCUUGGCUUUGUUACCUCCAAAAACUUAUGAAGGAUCUUUCAAUGCACUUCUUAGAGAACUGGUAGCAGAAUUUACUUUGACUGACAACUCAGCCAACACAACCACCUCCCUUCUCCGAUCUCUUUGCCAUUAUGAUGAUAGCGUUCUUCUUGGAUCCUGGCUUCAAGAAACUGAUCAUAAAUCAAUUGAAGACCAGCUCCAGCCAAACAGUGCAUCUGGAAGUGGGGCUCUGGAGCAUGACCCUUCCUCCAUUUAUUUACGAAUACCUAUUGGUGAAGCUGUACCUGGUCCUCUCCCUCUUGGAGUCUCAGUGAUAGAUGCCUCUGUGGCUCUUUUUGGUGUAGUGUUUCCUCAUGUUUCAUAUAAACACCGAUUACAAAUGCUGGAUCACUUUGCUGAAUGUGUUAAACAAGCCAAAGGUGUCCGCCAGCAGGCUGUGCAGCUUAAUAUAUUUACUGCUGUUCUUAGUGCACUCAAGGGUUUAGCUGAAAACAAAAGUACUUUAGGACCUGAGGAAGUUCGUAAAUCUGCUCUGACACUGGUGAUGGGUGCUCUUGACAAUCCAAACCCAAUCUUACGGUGUGCAGCAGGGGAAGCUCUUGGAAGAAUGGCUCAGGUGGUUGGAGAAGCGACUUUUAUAGCUAGAAUGGCUCAAUAUAGCUUUGACAAAUUGAAAUCAGCUCGAGAUGUUGUUUCUAGAACUGGUCAUUCCUUAGCCCUUGGUUGUUUGCAUCGUUAUGUUGGUGGUAUAGGCUCAGGACAACAUCUAAAGACCAGUGUCAGCAUUUUAUUGGCUCUAGCACAAGAUGGAACAUCUCCUGAAGUCCAGACAUGGUCUCUUCAUUCACUUGCUUUGAUAGUGGAUUCUAGUGGCCCAAUGUAUCGAGGAUAUGUGGAACCAACUUUGUCUCUAGUUCUUACCUUGCUGUUGACUGUUCCACCUUCACAUACAGAAGUUCAUCAGUGUUUGGGUAGAUGUUUGGGUGCUAUCAUAACUACAGUUGGCCCUGAACUACAAGGGAAUGGAGCGACAAUUUCUACAAUUCGUUCCUCUUGUUUGGUGGGUUGUGCAAUAACGCAGGACCAUUCAGACUCUCUGGUUCAGGCAGCUGCCAUAUCUUGCCUUCAGCAGCUCCACAUGUUUGCACCACGACAUGUCAACCUGUCUAGUCUUGUUCCUAGCCUUUGUGUACACUUAUGUAGUUCCCAUUUGUUACUUCGACGAGCAGCUGUGGCAUGUCUCCGGCAACUUGCACAAAGAGAAGCAGCUGAAGUAUGUGAAUAUGCCAUGAGCCUCGCAAAAAAUGCAGGGGACAAAGAGAGCAGUGGUGCUAAUGUCAGUCCUUUUGCACCUGGGGUUAGUUCUCGAAGCGAUAUCCAUUGCCGGCACCAAGGUGUUAAUAUAACAGAAACUGGUCUUGAGGGACUUCUUUUUGGGAUGCUUGAUCGAGAGACAGAUAGAAAAUUAUGUUCUGAUAUACAUGACACGUUGGGACAUAUGCUUUCUUCAUUGGCAGUAGAGAAACUUUCUCAUUGGUUAAUGCUUUGUAAAGAUGUCCUGGCAGCUUCUAGUGAUAUGAGUACUGCAACUCCCUUAAGUGGUGGAAAAGAUGAAGAAUCUGAAAAGAAAGAUGAGAUGGACGAUGAUACCAUGUUUACCACACUAGGCGAGGAAGAUAAAUCAAAACCUUUUGUGGCACCUCGCUGGGCCACUCGAGUAUUUGCUGCUGAUUGCCUGUGUCGAAUCAUCAAUUUAUGUGAAAAUGCAGACCAGGCUCACUUUGAUCUUGCCAUGGCACGUUCUGCUAAACUACGAAACCCUACAAAUGACCUCUUAGUACUCCAUCUCUCUGACCUGAUUCGAAUGGCAUUCAUGGCUGCAACUGAUCAUAGCAACCAGCUGCGGAUGGCUGGGCUUCAGGCACUUGAAGACAUUAUCAAGAAGUUUGCAUCUGUGCCUGAGCCAGAAUUUCCAGGUCAUGUGAUUCUGGAGCAGUAUCAAGCUAAUGUAGGAGCUGCUCUAAGACCAGCUUUCUCACAAGAUACACCAUCAGAUAUAAUAGCAAAAGCUUGCCAGGUAUGCAGCACAUGGAUUGGAAGUGGAGUUGUUAGUGAUCUCAAUGAUCUCCGUCGAGUACACAAUCUGCUUGUUUCUUCUCUGGACAAAGUUCAGGCCGGAAAAGGAUCUUCCAGCCAACUAUACCGAGAAAGUGCCACGACAAUGGAAAAACUGGCUGUUCUCAAAGCAUGGGCAGAGGUAUAUGUGGUUGCUAUGAAUAUUAAAAAGGAAGCAGAGUCAAAACCAAAAAGAGCAAUGAAGAAUACUGAUGAUGAUGAGGAUGACUAUGGUACCAUAGAUGAACUACCACCAGACAGUUUAAUAACACUGGUACAACCCGAACUGCCAACACUUAGCCGCCUGUGGUUGGCAGCCUUGAAAGACUAUGCUCUUUUGACCUUACCAGCAGAAUUUUCUAGUCAGCUUCCCCCAGAUGGUGGAGCAUUUUAUACUCCUGAGACUAUUGAUACAGCUAGACUUCAUUAUCGGAAUUCCUGGGCCCCAAUUCUUCAUGCGGUGGCACUUUGGUUAAAUAGCACAGGGUUUACGUGUGCAGAGUCCACAGAAGCAGCAGUGUCUGGUUUACAAAAACGUUCUGCAUCCAUCAGUUUAAACCAGGCAUCAGGAGCAAUGGCCAGUGCUAAAUCUUUGCCAGAAAUUAACAAAGACCGAAUGCAUCUGAUUUUAGGUGUGAGUAUACAGUUUCUUUGUUCCCCAAGACCUGAGGAGCCUGUGGAGCAUGUUACUGCAUGUCUGCAGGCCUUGCACACCUUGCUGGAUUCUUCUUGUGCCCGGAUCCAUAUUGCAGAAGAUCAGCUGAUUGGUGUUGAGUUGCUGAGUGUUUUGCAUCGUCUCCUUUUGACCUGGAACCCACCAUCCAUCCAGCUGUUGGUUACUGGAGUUGUACAACAGAUAGUAAGAGCUGCUCAGGAUUAUUUGCAGGAAAAAAGAAAUACUCUAAGAUGUAUGACAAUCCUGCCCACAAUUCUGUUCUUAAUUGCAAGAAUAUUAAAAGACACAGCAAUAAAGUCUGCAGACAAUCAGGUUCCUCUACCAGUCAGUGCAGCUCUUCAAGGGAUUAAAAGUAUUGUGACACUUUCAAUGGUCAAAACUGAGGAAACUCAAAAACAGUGGACAGCUCUAAUUCGUAGCACUCUUGCAUGUAUCCUGGAAUAUUCACAACCAGAAGAUUCUGUGCCCACACCUGAUGAAGUUAGCAUGCUGACAGCAAUCGCACUCUUCCUGUGGUCUGCUAGUAGUGAAAUAAUAGGAGUCCAGUCAUUACAGAAUGGCUGCAUGAACAGAUUUAAAAAUGCAUUAAAUUCAUGUGACCCAUGGGUUCAAGCCAAAUGUUACCAGCUUCUCCUCUCAGUCUUCCAGCAUUCCAACCGUGCCCUUUCAACUCCCUACAUCCAUUCAUUAGCUCCCAUAGUGGUUGAAAAGCUAAAAGCUGUUGAAAGAAACAGACCAGCCAGUAACAAUGAACUUUUGGCUGUUCAAGAAGGAAUUAAAGUUCUUGAAACUUUGGUUGCUCUUGGUGAAGAACAGAACAGAGUCCAGUUACUUGCUCUUUUAGUUCCCACUUUGAUUUCUUACCUGAUGGAUGAAAAUUCUUUUGCCUCAGCAAGUUCAGUUUCUAAAGAUCUUCAUGAGUUUGCACUCCAGAACUUAAUGCAUAUUGGACCUCUGUAUCCACAUGCUUUCAAGACGGUAAUGGGGGCUGCUCCUGAGUUGAAAGUGCGGCUAGAAACUGCUGUUCGAGCAAGCCAAGCCAGCAAGGCUAAAGCUGCUGCAAGGCAGCCAGCUCCGACCAUACAUUCUGCACCGACAAUCAAGCUAAAAACAAGCUUUUUUUAAUGUGUUCCUCCACUCAUUUUUAUAUGUAUUUCACCUAAUUAGUGGUAGCCACUGUACCAUUCCAGGCUAUGGAUUCUAUUUUAUUUGUAUAUUGGUAUUAUAAUGCUUCCAAGUAGGUUAAGGAAGUCUUGUUCAUGCCACUAUUGAUUUUUAAGUGAUUUUUAAAAAUUACAUGGUGAGUAUGUUUUCAUUUUUCUGCUAAUAAUGUUUCUCUUUUAUUAAUUUUUCAUUGUUUUGUUUUUGGUUUUUGUGGUUCUGGGGAUUGAACCCUGCGCCUUGCACAUGCUAAGCAUGCACUGUACUACUGAGCUAUAUCCCCAAGCCCUAAUUUAUUUUUUAAACACUGAACCAUAGUCUUUUACAUGCUGAAUACAUAAUUGUAUCGUGUACUGGGACAGACUGUGGACAUUAUCAGGGGAAAAAAUAGGUCAAAAUUUGGCAUUUGUCAUGAAAAAUUCCAUUGCAAAAUAAGUAAAUUUUAAAUUUUCAAGAAACCAAAAUAAUAUAAAGUCUCUUUCGUGGUGUACCUACUAUGAAUAAAAUCACAUUUUUAAACAUUUCUCAAAAUAUUCUCUUCUGAUGUAUCUUUUCACUUUAAUAUUAAAUUACUGAAUUGUGUUUGUGUAUAUUUUAGUUGUUAAUUGAAUUAAAGUUCUUAUCUAAAGGUCCAUUAAAAUGUUUCUAAUGUAGUA